AUGGCAAUACCUGCCACAGCACUUGCAGGAAUAAAAUGGUAUAGCAGUUACCACUUUGAAUCUAACUACAUAGCUACCCUCAUCAAUAAGCAAAGUUCCACAUACGUCAAGAAGGAGUACACAAAGUACAUUUGCCACCCGUGCAUGAUGAGCAAACACACAAGAUCAAAGAGCCAAAAUUUCGGAAAGUUUGAAACACCAAAACAAGAUGAUACGUAUGGAAGGUCGUCCCUUCCGGAGGUUACCACCAGUAGUGUAAGAAGACAGAACGACGAUAUCCUAUAUGCCCAACUCGAGAGUGAAGCAAGAAACCAACUCAAGUUCUAUGGCAUCCAUCUUGAGAGGGAAGGCAUAGUUAAAUCCGUAUUCCGUGGUGGAAAAUACAUAGCCUCCAUUGGAGAAGAUUCUACGCCAUCAAGGAGAAGUAGUACAGCCCAGAUCCUCGGGUCCCCUAAGAAGGUUAACGAUAAGAAUCUCGUGUCGGUGGAGUGGAAAUGUGGAUGCUCCAAGAAAGUGAGGCCUCUACCCACUGGUAGAGGAGACAACUUCAAGGAAGCGCGACUUCGCCUUCGUCUGGCUCUCCUUGAGGAUGUGCAUAGUCAUAAAUGCCAGGGAUACACACCAGACGAUAAGCCAGAGGAGAUUGAAGCACUCAGGGCAGAAAUUGAGGCUAUCACUGGCAAGCCGCAGCGAAGGAGGUAG